AGCACAGAAAAGUGUAACUAACAAGAUGAAUAUAAUAUCAUCUCAAGAAAAACAAAAACUGCCGCCAGCAUCACAUAUUGUGAUCGAUACACCUGCAACCACAUCAACUACUUCAGAUCGUGAUUUUCAAAAAGAGGUGCUAUAUAGAUUGGCUUUUGUAAAACACGAACUUAAAAGACUUGUCAAUAAUCAAAUGGACAUUGCCCAAAGAAUUGAAUCAAUAGAAACACGUCUUGAUGGUAAUAACAUUUCAAAUACAAGUAGCAACUGUUAUAAUACAUCAACAUUAAAUGAUAUAAGUGAUAACAUUUUACCAUUGGACAACACAACAGAUCUUGAUACAUUUAAUGACAAAAUAUCUGGAGAUAGAGCCUUUCAAAUUAAUUUGACUAACCAACUAAGUUAUAUUGGUGGAAAACAUUAUAAAUCGAUGAUCAAAAGAAUAAUGAACAAGCUAUUUUCAGAUGAAUUAUUACAACAUUUUUCAUAUUCAGGAAAAUCUGGCAAAAAGUUAAAAUUUUCAAAUUUAGCUGUUUGUUCUGUAAUUUUAGAUGCUGUUAAACAACACUCUAAAUAUAAAAAUAAAGUUUCUGAAAGUGAAAUGGAAGAAGUGAUUAAAUAUGUCCUAGCACAAGCGCCUUUUAACAUAAAAAGAAAAUCACAAAAAAUAUAACCUACCCUUUUAUAACUAUUUCAAUAUUAUAAUUAUU